CACUCGACCCCAACUCACACCUACGCAAACGCUUAGAAAUUUCUCUCUCCUUUUCAGGAUUUUUUUUUUUACUUUUUGGUGAUUUGCUCCAAUUGUUUUUAGAACAAUAAUGGCCGAUUUCCAAACCUCUACACAUCGAGAGAGGUGGAUUUUUACGCCCAAGAUUUGUUGGAGAAGCAUGAGGCUGCGAAUCAGAGAGCUGCGAAGAUGCUCGAACAGUAUGGCGUGACGCGUUUGGAAGUAGAUGUUGAUGGUUCGCUGUCGUACCCCGAACCUGUUCUCGACCAAAAAGAUAAUGCUGAACGGCAUUCCUCUGCAAAACCUCUUAACUGUGAAGAGGAGCACCUUAUGCGGGUAUUUUAUGAACAAAAGAUCCAAGAGGUUUGUGCGGCAUUCAAGUUCCCUCAUAAAAUACAGGCAACGGCAAUAUUAUACUUUAAAAGGUUUUAUUUACAAUGGUCUGUGAUGGAACAUCAUCCGAAGCAUAUAAUGCUAACUUGCGUAUAUACUUCGUGUAAAGUAGAAGAAAAUCACGUUUCUGCUGAGGAACUCGGUAAGGGGAUUCAGCAGGACCAUCAGAUGAUUCUCAAUAAUGAGAUGAUUGUUCUUCAGAGUUUAGGGUUCGAUCUAAUUGUUUAUGCUCCGUACCGAUCCGUCAAAGGCUUUAUUGAGGAUAUAGAGGAGUUCUGCCAAGCAAGAAAUGGUGAACAAGAAAAGUUCAAGGAUUUGCGAGAAACUGCCUUGUUGGAGGUAGACAAGAUGAUGUUGACUGACGCACCUCUUCUCUACACUCCUGGACAAUUAGCAUUGGCAGGUUUGCGUAGAUCAAAUGCAGUUCACAGAGUUCUCGAUUUUGAAGGAUACUUGCAUAAUUUAUUCUCACGGCAACGAACCGCUUACUCUGUCUCGCAGCUUGGUGAGUUGAUGGGAACCAUCGAUUCCUUGGUUGAGCAACUGAAAAUACCGACAGCGAAGGACAUGAGGCAUAUCGACCGGAAAUUGAAGAGCUGCUGGGAUCCGAGCGCGCAAGACGAGAACAAGAAAAGAGAGAAGAGAUCAAAGCACAAAUCCAAAAGGGCCGCGAGCGAGAUGCAAGGACCAGUUCCUGAAGUGUAACUUCUUAUUUUUGUAUACUAACUUAUGAGCACCUGAUUCUAUUUUGUGUGGCAUUGAGGACUCUGCCUGGUAAAUUUGCUCUCCUGAAAUUUGGAUAAAACUUAAACCCGAAUCUCAGAAUUCUGGUAAUGCUAUUUGGCGGUAGAAAAUGAUGUGUCUAAGUAAGGCGCUUUUGUUUUGUUUUUUUUUGUUUUUUUGUUUUUUUUCCGAGUUUGUUGUAUCAUGUAGAUAUUUACUUUUGAGUAAUGUGAUUCAAAAAGUGGAUUUUUACUUUGUA